AUGUUGACAGAUGAAACACUGGUGCUCCGAGCUAGUGCAACCCUCCAUCCAGUUAGUCGUUGCUGGGGUGAGCUGAUCCGGAAACUCGAGCCCACGCCCGACGUCCCCAUCCCUUUGAGCCUCGUAGCCACACCAACAACCUCUGUUUCUGAACACGGCUCCGACGCACGAGAUGUAACAGCCGACCCAAUCACCCCCACGCCGAACACCGAGCGGCCGACUACGCGAUCGUCGCCUGCUCAUGGAAAAGACAAACCCGCCAGCGAUGGGGAAGCCGAGUGUGUAGUCGAACGUAAGCGGCCUCGUGCACGAGAUGAUACAAUAGACAGGCGAGUUGUAAGAAAGCGUUCACCGGCCCCACUGCCAACGACACCGCCCAGCAAGCGAGGGCAGACAUCGACGCGAGCGCCUCCUGCCAAGGCAAAACCCAAAGUCCGAGGUCCUGGCAGGAAACAGAAAACGCUAGUCCCCGAUUUCAUCGAGGAACGAUUUGCUAAUAUCUUCGAGCCACUUCGAAGGGAGAUUUCUGAGUACACUUCAGUAAAUGGCCUCCAGGAUGCCUGGCGGGUGGUGGACGCCCUGCGAUGGCCAGACCCUGAGGCCGCGAAUCUCGACAAGUCUCUAUCGAGAGUUCAGCGGCUGCAGUGGCAAUUACAGCACUGUGAUACACUGGACACAAAAGAUUACAGCUUGCCGACUUUGACGGUGAUCCAGCGACGAUUUUAUAUGGUCCAGUUGAUGGCCGAAUACCGGAACGCGACCAGAGAAGAGCACAAUGGAGACGGGAGUGGCGUAAUCAAAACUUUUCAACGGGAAAUGUUCCCCGAGCUGGGCUCGCAACAACGGCAAAAAAGAUGGGACUAUUUUAAUCGAACAGCAGAACCCCUCUUUCAAGCGGUGCAACGAUACGGUUACGGCGUUCUCAUCUUCCCGCUACGUAACGUGACGAUGAAAAGGUAUGUGCGCAUCGAAUGCCUUUCAGAUAUAGACAUUAAGGCGGCCAGUUUGCAACGUGUUAGGCGUGAGUCUAUUAGUGACCUCCUUGACUAUAUGAGAUUGUGCCAUCCAGCGGUAGACAUUGUCCUGAACAAUACAUCAGUCCUCUUGGCAACGCUACUUACAUGGGGCUUGCCACCGGCCCGCAUGCCAAUCUCCGGCGUAGCAUAUGAGGAUCUGAUGGAUAGUAAAGAUAGCCCCUGUACUAACCUAUUCAUGCUGUCCGGGAUUGCCAACUAUGAGUCGCCGGUCGUUCUUGGAGAAAUUCCCCCAUGGCCGUAUCCGCUGACCGACAAUGAUUUCGAGGACGCGGCGCUUGUUCAAGAGGAGGGAUGCGGUACUGGUUGGCAAGUUCCUGAAGACAGCACGUUAUUUUCACUGAAGGGCUUGGGAAAUGUUUGA